AAACUGAUUCUUGAUCUUCUAUAGGUCUUGCAGUUUCGAGAUAACAAUGUUUUAAAAAAACUGAAUUUCCAAAAGACAACGUUCGUGGGCAAUGUUUGAAUUAGUCACUACUACAUAAAAGUAAGUCAACGAAACUCAAAAGAAUAAUUGAUAAUCAAAAGCUUCCUCCAUAAUCUUCUUGACCAAAAAAAAAAACAGAGCACAUCACAUCCUUAACUCUCUUUAUAAUCCAACACCAGAACCUCUCUUCUUCUUCACUCCAAUAAACCCUAAACCAGUUUCUUCUUCUUCUUCUUCUUAAAUCACUCUCUAACGAUGUCUUCUUGUUCAAGAACGAGAACAAAAGCUCCAAGAUCAGCCAGAAGCCAUAGAAAAGGCCAUUUCUCUUCUUCAUCACCAGCUACAAUUGUGGCUGAUAACGACGAUAUCUUGACUCAUAUUCUCUCUUUUCUUCCAAUCAAAACUCUUUUAAGAUCUAAACGCGUAUCUAAACGCUGGCUUUCUCUCAUUACAAAUCCUGAUUUCUCCAACCGUGUCAUCAAGUCAAACCACCCCUUACCCAUCUCUGGCUUUUUCUUACACUCAACAACAGCCAUCAAAUAUAGUUUUGUCUCUCUUGAUGAUGAUGAUGAUGACGCAAUCAACCAACGGACUUCGUUAUCAUUACCGCUUUGGUUUACAGACCACGCAACAGACAUGAUCAUAAUGCAAUCAACCAAUGGUCUUCUCCUCUGCAAAUGCGCUUGUGCUUCUUCUAACCAAUUCAACACAAACUACUAUGUUUACAAUCCGACAACGAAACAGUACACUCUUCUCCCUCACGUGACCACAGGUUACACCACACUCUCUCUAGCCUUUGACCCUUCUGAAUCUCCUCACUAUAAAGUCUUUUGCCUCAGAACAAGUAGCAUGAUCUCUUACUCCUUCCACAUAGAGGUUUAUUCCUCCAAUGAAGGACAUUGGAAGAGACUUGUUUCGGUUCCUUCUUCUUCUUCUCCUUCACCCUUUGUAGAGUAUAAAGACACAGUCUUUUGGAACGGAGCGGUUCACUGCUACGGUCCACGCACAAGUGAUUGCAUCUCUUUUGAUAUCAAUAAAGAAGAAAUCAAGAUUCUUCCACUCCCUAAUCUUGACCAUGAUGAAGACGAUGAGCCGCUACCUGAUCCCAAUACAUUGAGGUAUAUGGAUGAAUCCGGGGGUAAUCUUUACUUCAUUGAGGUAAAUGAUCAGAGUUCUUCAGAUUUACCGAUUUACGAAAUGGAUAGAAACAGCUCAAGCUGGUCCCUGAAGUAUAACGUUGACUUGGAGCCUCUUUUAGCCGCUUUCCCCGAGAUGAUCAGAACCGAAUACUAUACCGAUAGGCGAUACACGUUCUCUGUCAUCGGUUUUGUAAAAGAAGAGACAGAUGCAGAAUCAUACAUUGUGCUUCACAUUCCAAACAAGGCUGUAAAAUACAACUUCAUAAACAAGACUUUCAAGAAACUUUGCCCGUUGGUCAAUAAUGCUACUGAGGAUGCGUUUUACAGAUUCCAAAGAACUUUCCAGUUCAUUGAGUCUCUUGCUAACGUCUAAGAGUAGUCAAAACGCUUUCUCUGUA